GACUUAGCAAGUUGAAAGAGACUCCUAUCCUUUCUGUACAACCUUAACCUCCUGUUUCAGACAACCUUAUCUGCCUGACGUUAUAAUCUACCAUGAAAAACACCUUCCUUUCUCUUUCUCUCCUUGCUUCUUGGAUUGAAAUGAAGAAAUUCAACAACAAGCUUGAUCUUGUCUUGCUUCUACUUCCUAUAAUCCUGUUUUUGCAACCCAUAUCGGCUAUUGACUUUGUCUUCAAUGGAUUCAAUUCCUCUAGUGUUUCACUCUAUGGCUCUGCCAUCAUUGAAUCUCGCAUUCUUACACUUACAAAUCAAACAUCUUUCCAAAUUGGCCGUGCUUUGUACCCAACAAAGAUACCAACCAAAGCUCCAAAUUCUUCAUUUGUGUAUCCAUUUUCCACUUCUUUUAUUUUUGCUAUGGUCCCUUACAAGAAUGUUCUUCCUGGGCAUGGCCUGGCUUUUCUUUUUGUGCCCUUUACAAGCAUUCAAAGCUCUAUUUCAGCUCAAUAUUUAGGCUUUCUGAAUCGUACGAACGGUAACCGUUCAGAUGAUCAUCUGCUUGGCAUCGAGUUUGAUGUGUUCGCAAAUGAAGAAUUCAGUGAUAUGAAUGACAAUCAUGUUGGAAUAGAUGUAAAUACACUUACAUCAAUUAAAGCAGCAGAUGCAGGCUAUUGGCCUGAUAAUUCAAGGAGCAGCAGCAAUGAGAACACCAGUGAUGAGGAUAGUAAUUCUUUCAAGGAACAGGAUCUAAAUAAUGGUAAAAACUACCAAGUUUGGAUUGACUAUGAAGAUUCUAUAAUUAAUGUUACUAUGGCUCCGGCCGGCAUGAAAAGGCCUACCAGGCCUUUAUUGAAUGUGUCUCUUAAUCUAUCUGAUGUUUUUGAGGAUGAGAUGUAUGUGGGAUUCACUUCUUCAACCGGACUACUUGUUGAAAAUCACAAGAUUUUGGCAUGGAGCUUUAGCAAUUCCAAUUUUUCGUUGAGUGAGAGGUUAAUCACUACUGGGUUGCCAUCGUUCGUUCUUCCAAAAGAUCCAUUUUAUCGGUCUAAAGUGUUCAUUGCAGGAGCCACAGUGGGAGGGGUCCUUCUUAGAGAGGAAAUGGAGGAUUGGGAAUUGGAGUACUGGCCACAUCAAGUUAGGUAUCAAGAAAUCGAGGCAGCAACAAAAGGAUUCAGUGAAGAAAAUGUUAUUGGAAUCGGAGGAAAUGGAAAGGUCUAUAAGGGUGUUUUACCAGGAGGGACAGAGAUUGCAGUGAAGCGCAUUUCACAUGAAAAUGAUGGGAUGAGGGAGUUUUUAGCUGAAAUUUCAAGUCUUGGAAGGUUGAAGCAUAGGAGUUUGGUGGGGCUGAGAGGUUGGUGCAAGAGAGAAAGAGGAGUCUUCAUGUUGGUAUAUGACUACAUGGAAAAUGGGAGUUUGGAGAAGAGGGUGUUCGAUUGUGAUGAGAGUAAAAUGUUGAGCUGUGAAGAGAGAAUAAGAAUUUUGAAAGAUGUGGCUUCUGCAUUAUUGUAUCUGCACGAGGGAUGGGAUUCUCAAGUCCUACACAGAGACAUUAAGGCCAGCAACGUGUUACUUGACAAGGAUAUGAAUGGAAGGUUAGGUGAUUUUGGAUUGGCUCGAGUGCACGGGCAUGGUCAAGUGCCUAGCACCACGCGGGUGGUUGGAACCAUAGGAUACAUGGCACCUGAGGUGGUUCGAAGUGGAAGAGCCUCAGCUCGAACCGAUGUGUUUGGUUUUGGGGUCUUGAUUUUGGAGGUCAUGUGUGGAAGGAGGCCUAUAGAAGAAGGGCAGCCACCUUUGUUAGAAUCGGUUUGGCAGUUGAUGAUGCAAGGGCAGUCACUUUAUGCCUUGGAUGAGCGACUAAAGGCUAGAGGAGAACAAUUUGACGAAGGAGAAGUAGAGAGAAUGCUUCAUCUAGGCUUAUUGUGUGCAUAUCCUGACUCUAAAGGGCGGCCGACAAUGAGGCAAGUAGUGAAGGUCAUGGAGGGCAAUAAUGAGCUUAGUGAGAUUGAAAGUGAGGAUCUGGAUGCAUGUUUGCUACAACAGAUGAAGUCUACGGAUUUGUGGUCGAGUCAUUCUAGCCAUGGAUCGCACCCAACUUUUGAUGAAAUUAGACGACACCACUCAUCUUCUAUGUCUUUAUCUUGGAGCAAUACUACUGUGGAGGGUAGGUGAAUCUGCAAUCAGUUGAUGAAUUACGCUAUCUGUUGGUUUUUUUAUGCGAACUAAAAUUUGCCAGAUUUUUCGUGGCAAGCUUGGAAGAAGCUGCAGAAGUUGGCAGGAUCAAGAUCCAAGAGCAUAUAAAACGAAACAGUGGGGAGGGAGCCUUGGUUUUGAUUUGCAUUUUUUCUUUAUCAAUGUUUGAUAGAUUGGGACAAUAAUGUAGAGGAGAAUCCUUUCUUGUUUCUGUACAAGGAAUAACUAGCAUAUUGGUGUACAUAAAUACAGCAAAUCCACAGAUGUUUUUUUUCUUAAA